UGCUAGUACGAAAUAACUUGGAUGUCAUGCAUAUCAUUAAAAAUAUUAUUGAGAGCCUUAUUGGUACGUUGUUGGAUAUUAACGGAAAAUCCAAGGAUGGUUUAAAUGCUCGCAAGGAUAUGCAAGAUUUAGAAAUAAAACACGACUUGCAUCCGCAAGAUCGAGGGUCUAGGACAUAUCUUCCUCCAGCUUCCUAUACACUUUCCAAGGAUGAGAAGCGAAUAUUUUGCAAGAGGUUGUUUGACUUAAAAGUACCUGAUGGGUAUAGUUCAAAUAUUGGGAAUUGCGUAUCAAUGGAUGAAUUGAAGGUCACAGGUCUCAAAUCUCAUGAUUGUCAUGUACUAAUGCUUCAGUUGUUGCCUGUAGCCUUAAAGGGGUUACUACCAACAGGACCGAGAAAUGCAAUACUUCGCCUUUGCGCAUUCUUCAAUAGAUUGUGUCAAAGAGUUAUUGAUCAAGAAGAAAUGGCAUCCAUUGAGGAUGAGGUGGUUGAAACGUUAUGCAUGCUUGAGAGGUUCUUUCCACCUUCGUUCUUUGAUAUCAUGGUGCACUUAACAAUUCACUUAGGACGAGAAGCACGACUUUGUGGGCCAGUCCAAUAUCGUUGGAUGUACCUUUUUGAGAGACAUAUGAAGAUAUACAAACGAAGUGUUGGGAAUCAUGCACGACCUGAAGGUUGUAUAGCUGAACGCUACCUCGUAGAAGAGUGCAUAACAUUUUGCAGCCGACACAUGAAAUCUGUGGAAACAAACAAUAGGGGACCUCGCAAUCAAGAUUUUGAGAACGAUGUAAUUCUUGAAGGUCGUCCAAUAUCAGCUGCCACAUCUGUCACAUUGACUGAUGAAGUUUUAGAAAGUGCACAUCGUUACGUGUUAUUCAAUACAGCCAUAGUGGAACUUUAUUUGGAGAUGCAUAUAGAGGAGUUAAAGAAUUCGGAUGCUAGUCUUGGUCUUCAAAAAAAUAAAAGUUUACUUUUGAAGAGGCACGCCGACAACUUUUCAAAAUGGUUGAGGGAAAAGAUUCAGAUAAAAGCAUGCACAAAUAAUGAAUUGGAGAUACUACAAUGGCUUGCUAAUGGUCCUAGGAAGCAUGCUAUGAGUUAUACGGGUUAUAUCAUCAAUGGGCAGCGGUUCCACACAAAGGAAGCUGAAAAAUCAACCCAAAAUAGUGGUGUUUCCAUUGACGCGGCAACUCUAUGUAGAUCAAGUGUGAAGGACAAUGCACAAGUUCUUGAUGUAGUUUCAUACUACGGGGUGAUAAAGGAUAUAAUUUUGUUAGAUUAUCACACAUUUCAACUACCAAUGUUCAAGUGUGACUGGGCAAACAUUGGCCAUGGUGUUAGGAUGGAAGAUGGUUUUACACUUGUUAACCUACACCAAGGUCAGAUCCAAUAUGACAAAGAUCCAUUUAUCCUUGCAUCCCAAGCAAAGCAAGUUUUUUAUUCAAGGGAAACCGAAUCUUCGAAUUGGUAUGUUGUACUAAAGGCACCUCCUAGGGGAUUUUAUGACUUGGAAAUGUACGAAGAUACUGUGGAUACAACUUCUAGGCCGCAAGAUGUUUCAGUCCUUGGUAUGAAUGAUGACGAUGAUGAUGGAAGGAUAACUAACGUUAGAGGAGAUUGUGAGGGUACAUGGAUUGAGGAUUUCUAGUGAUCGCGCCUUGUAACUUUUGGUUUUUGUUUUUUGGUUUGUAUCUUGCUAGGAUCUUUGUUGGUUUGUAACUUUUGGUAUGUUGUACUAAAGGCACCUCCCAGGAUCUUUUGAUUUGUCUUUUUUGGCUCAUAUCUUGCCAUCGUGCCUUAAUUUGUUGUUCAUAUUAUACUUGGAUAUUCGUUAAGUUAAUUUCUUGUUCCUGCUAUAUUAUUGAACAUUGUUGAUUUAUUUUUUGUUAACUUGUUUCUUUU